AUGUCGCGUCCUCUCCCCAACCCCAGCCAGCGGCACCACACACACUCGAUCUCGCUCGGUGCCCUCAACUCUAACCACCGUGUAACUCGCCGAAAGAGUGUGACCACAGCUGCUGCCAAUGCCGCCGCCGCAGCCGUUGCCGCCUCUAUGGAGGGCGGCGAAUCCACCUCCCUCCCCAUGGGCGCGCACCGCCGCAGCCUAGCAGGACGCAAGGGACAAGAAUCAGGCUCCAUCGGAAACGUGUCUGGUUUUAGUUCCUACCUUUCGCGCACCAUCAACGACGCCAGUCAGGAAUCGCCGGCCGCCCGAAAGGAUUCUCCGGGAUCGGACCACUCCGAUGGCAAGCUCAAGAACCGAAAUCGUCGAGCCAGCGAGGGUGCUCAACUGAAGACCGAAGGGAAGCGUGCUGCGGCAGCCAUACGGUGGGAACACGACCCAGCAUGGGCCGUUACAUCGAAGCUUCUCAUUUCCAAGCACCAGCAGGUUCAACUGCUGGAGGCUGCCUCUGUUUUGGUCACCAUGAACCAUGACGAUCCCCCCGAUGAGUCCGCUGAGUUGGAAUUGGAGUCGGAGUUGUCGUCUGGAUCGCCGGACGCACUGUCAGAAAUGCGGGAUGGCAUCAGCUCUACCGAGACCACUCCACCCCCGAUGGAUUCCGAGGAAGACGAUGACUUUGAGAUGUCGGGUGUGCCGGCACAGUGGGCCAAGCGCCCAAGCGUUAGCAACGUCUCCGGUUUCUCUCACUCCUACCAGUCCAUUCCUUCCAGCUCGUACAAUGACAGCGCGCCGCUGCACUCGCCUACCUUCUCCCACUUCCGCAACUCGAGCAUCGACACCCGUCCGUCGACCGCGGAUACCCGGCUACACGAGGAUGAUGAGGCGGAUCUUGCGGCAGCCAUUGGUCUCUGCAAUUUCGGGACUCCCCGUACAGGGCCUGUCUCCAUGACCCCCGACGUACCACCCGUGCCUCCGCUGCCGGCGCGCUACUUGGAUUCAAGCAGCCAACCGAGUAACCGGGGAAUGCUCUCCCCUCGGCAACGCCCUGCCGACGAGGCCGCUCGCCGAGACUCCCAGGCCAGCAUCUUCCUGUCGAGGUCGCUCAACCCCUCGCUGUCCUACAAGGUUUCCGAUGAGCGUGAAGAUCGGACGGGCGGUGGCGAUGAGGCCCAAAAGUCCCGACAACGCCGCAACGCCGACGUGGACUUCAGCAACCGCUCAGUGCCCGCUGACGACGACGAUGACGGUGUGUUUGGUCACAUGGAGGAAUAA